AUGGAACAAACUUUCAGGCCUGAGUCUCCUCCAAUUCUAGAGGUGGUUAUACCGUUUUUGAUUAAAGAGGAAAUACCUUCCCAACAUGAGGGGCAAGAAUCGUCAGAGAUUCCAACCGUUCAACCGGUGAAACACGGACAAGUUUCUCCAACCGUCGAGGUGAUCAAGAAGCGAGCAUGCCGCACUCGUUUCACAAUUUAUCAAAGAGCAGAACUGGAGGCGGCCUUUUCAGCAUCACCUUACUUGACUCCUCACCAAAGGAUGGCUUUGGCUUCGAGACUCAGAGUCAAACCUGUCGCUGUGCAGUCAUGGUUUAAGAACAGACGAUUCAAGUGGCGCAAAGAAGCACGGGAAGGCUCUCACACCUCGCCAGCGGCGCUACCUGCACCUGCACAAGGUAUUUCCUUGAUGUAUCAGCCACGAUAUGUCUACAGUUCUGGUCAGUUUCCAGCGUCAGCUCAGUGCCAAGGAUGUUUCACAAGACAACCAUCCAGCGACUCGCAUUCACAUGUAGACUUCACUCCGUAUCCCUAUUCUUCUCACUGA